AUGACUUCGGACAACGAUCAAUCUGUAUCUGAGAAAGGGUUGGCCGGCUUUAAAGAGUUCUCGGCCUGUAAUGCGGCUGGGGAGGGCCAGGUUGCAACUGAUGAAUAUGGCCAUUCGCUCAUCCAACUUGACCCCAAGGCCGAGUCACGGUUACGGACCAAGAUCGACUUAUAUGUCGUUCCGACUGUAGCUGUACUCUAUUUAUUCUGCUUCAUUGACCGCGCUAAUAUCGGAAACGCCAAACUUGCUGGCUUCGAGGCAGAUCUCAAUCUGACCGGAAACGACUUCAACACCGUUCUCUCGGUGUUUUUCAUCGCAUACAUCAUAUUCGAAAUUCCCUGCACGAUCGCAUGCAAAUGGAUUGGACCAGGAUGGUUCAUUCCCGCGAUCACACUUGGCUUCGGGAUCUGCUCUUUAGGCACAGCCUUCGUGCAUACCAUCCACAGUGCCUCGGGCGUGCGCUUCCUUCUCGGUCUUUUCGAAGCUGGAAUGCUUCCAGGAAUUGCAUACUAUCUCUCCCGCUGGUAUCGACGCAGCGAGCUUAUCUUCCGUAUAUCAUGCUACAUUGUCAUGUCUCCACUGGCGGGGGCAUUCGGCGGUCUCCUUGCAUCUGGCAUUCUCAAGCUUGACCAUUUCGGAAGUCUGCACGAAUGGCGCAUGAUAUUUGCCAUCGAAGGUAUCGUCACCAUCGGCCUAGGUAUUAUCUCUUUUUUCACCUUGACCGAUCGCCCAGAAACUGCGCGCUGGCUGUCCCCAGAGGAGAAGAAUCUGGCCAUUGCGCGGGUGAAAUCCGAACGUGUCGCGACAUCUGAAGUUCUCGAUCGUCUGGACCGCACGAAGGCAAUGCGAGGAAUACUCAACCCCGCGACCGUCGGUGCAGCUUUAAUGUUUUGCCUGAACCAGAUUACCGUCCAGGGAUUGGGAUUCUUCGCGCCCACGAUCGUCAAAACAAUCUAUCCCAAUUCAAGCGUCAUCUCGCAGCAACUGCAUACCGUUCCACCCUACGCUGUAGGCGCUUUUUUCACCCUUCUUUUCCCGUUUAUUUCCUGGAGAAUCGACCGUCGACUGGUCAUUGCACUGAUUUGUGCGCCACUCAUGAUGAUAGGGUAUAUCAUGUUCCUCGCCACAACGCAUAAACCGACGCAAUACGGAGCCACGUUCCUGAUCGCCAGCGGAUCAUUCACUUUCGGCGCCCUUGUCAACGCGAUUGCCUCGGCCAAUGUGGUCUCCGAUACCGCACGCUCGUCCGCCAUCGGCACGACGGGAUUAAUCGGAAAUAUCGGUGGACUGAUCUCAACGUGGUCGUAUAUGGCUAAGGAUGCUCCUCUGUACCAUGUAGGAAACGGACUGAAUCUGGCAGCUGCGUCUGCCACACUGCUUGUUGCUAUUGCGUUGCUGCUGUAUAUGACAUGGGAUAAUCGACGGAGGGAGAAACGUGAUGUCAGAGCUGAGCUAGACGGUUUGAGCCAGAAGGAGGUCGAGGAUUUGGAUUGGUGGCAUCCCGGAUUUCGGUGGAGGCCGUGA